UUCAGACAAUUGUUUCCUGUCGCUGAUAUAAAGGGAGAGCACGUUCGCACUCGUAACUUAAUCACGAUAGAUUGCAUUCGUUAUUUUUCUACCCAGGCGCUGUCGCAAGGCCAGGAACAAUAUUCCAAGUCUCAGGACGCUAAAAAUGGAGCCGGCGAUGAAUAAACAGAUCGUCUGAGGGCGACAUUCUUGAUCAUCCUCGCGCCUCUUCUUUCUGAAGAUCAGACAGAUAAACGGGCUGUGAACAAAUUAUACAAUUGACAGGCCAACCCCAGCUCCAGCGCAAAUCUCAGGUGUCACCGUUAGCACGUGGAUUUGUAUUAGAUGCAUAUAUAGUGUAUGAGAAAUUGUGCUGCAUAGGCUAAUGGAUGCAGAAGUACCUAGCACGGCAUCUUCUCCUUCAGUUGCAGGCCAAGUUGAUCAGAGCACCAUUGUACCUAGCCAAUAUGCACCUGCUCAAGAAGGCUCUCCAAUGCUGUCUGCAUCUGGUAUAACUUCAUGGGCCAAAAACCUCAAGAUUCCACAGUUCUCAGUUCAAGACGAUUCCGAGACCGGCAAUGCUGGAAAAUCAGCUUUCUCUCGGUUUGCAUCUGGGUUUGGGCUGCGAACACCAACAAGAACUCCUACAGCUGCUGAGACUGAUGAAGGCAACUCUGCAGCUGCAGAAUCUGGUGUUCUAGGUUCAUUAACAAAAGGUUUGGUUGAUUCCUCUAAAAGUGCCGUAAGAGCUGUCCAGACCAAGGCGCGACAUAUGGUUUCUCAGAAUAAAAGAAGAUACCAGGAAGGUGGAUUUGAUUUGGAUAUGACAUAUAUUACUGAGAACAUCAUUGCAAUGGGGUUUCCUGCUGGUGAUAUAAGCUCCGGUAUUUUUGGAUAUGUUGAGGGUUUCUACCGGAACCAUAUGGAGGAGGUAAUCAAUUUCUUUGAGACUCAUCACAAGGGGAAAUACAAAGUGUAUAACCUCUGCUCAGAAAGAUUGUAUGAUGCAUCACUCUUUGAAGGAAAGGUUGCUUCUUUUCCCUUUGAUGAUCACAACUGUCCACCAAUUCAACUUAUUAUCUCAUUUUGCCAAAGUGCUUAUGCAUGGUUGAAGCAAGAUAUUGAAAAUGUAGUCGUCGUCCAUUGUAAAGCUGGCAUGGCAAGGACUGGGUUAAUGAUAUCAAGUUUUCUUCUAUACCUCAAGUUCUUUCCAACUGCUGAGGAGUCAAUUUCCUACUAUAACCAGAAACGAUGUGUAGAUGGGAAAGGACUUGUUCUGCCUAGUCAGAUAAGAUAUGUGAAGUACUUUGAGCGCAUUCUGACAUAUUUUAAUGGAGAAAAUCAGCCAGGGAGGAGGUGCAUCCUAAGAGGAUUUCGUCUUCAUAGGUGCCCCUAUUGGAUUAGGCCCUCUAUUACAAUAUCUGAUCAUAAUGGCAUUCUUUUUUCAACCAAAAAGCAUCCGAGGACCAAGGAUAUGGCGCCUGAAGAUUUCUGGAUUACUGCUCCCAAGAAAGGCAUUGUGGUUUUCGCUUUACCUGGGGAAAGAGGAUUAACAGAGUUGGCUGGUGAUUUUAAGAUCCAUUUUCAUGAUGGCCAAGGAGAUUUUUACUGCUGGUUGAACACAACAAUGAUGGAGAAUAGGAAAACCUUGAACACUUCUGAACUUGAUGGCUUUGACAAGAGGAAACUGCCUUCUCCAGGGUUCCUGGUGGAAGUUGUACUGAUGGACUAUGAUGCUGCCAUUACAUUGCACAACGAAAAAGCCAUGCGCAUGCAGGAUGGGAAGUCUGAAAGCUCCACAAAAGCUCCAGGCAGCUCGCCUCUGGUUCCAAAUCAAAGUGCGGAUGACCAGGAGAGGGAUGAUGUGUUCUCAGACAGCGAGUCUGAAGACGGUGGACAUGUGAAGGGAAAACGUGCUCAAGCCACUACAGAUGGUGUAGGCUCUGCUGCUACUGGGGCAACUGGAGUAACCCCAAGAGAGAUGGAGUCUGUAACUCAUGAAAUAGGGAAUGUUUCUCUUAACAAUGAUGGCAAAAUUAGUGCCUCUGCAGGGAACAAGUCUAGGGAUACCUCGGAGCUUCAGGCCUCAAAAACAGAGCCUGCAGGCAUAAGUGAUUUUAAGGCUAUGGCUGCUGAUGCUUCUGUGUUCACUUUUGGUGAUGAUGAAGACUAUGAAAGCGAGUAGUUGCAUGUCAUUGGACCCAGUGUUUCUUAUUUGGGUUGUGUUCAUAGAGAUUUGUUCUCAUUAAUUUUGAAUUCAGAUAAUGUCAUGCAUUGAAAGAACUGGCUUCUUUUUUAAA